AUGGCGGAUCCCUUCGACCCUUUUGGACCGACGGCGACGAGCGGAAGCUCCUCGUCGGCGCUUCCGCCUGCAGAUCCCUUCUCGAGCUCCUCGUUUUCGCAGCCGACGAGCGACCCUUUCGGUGGAGGGUUUGACAUGAAAGCUUCUGCUUCUUUCUCCAGCGAUCCCUUUGGUUUCGGCAGUGCAGCACCAGCAGGCAUGGAUCCUUUCGCAUCUGCCCCCAUGGCAGGAGGAGGGGGUGGUGGCGGUGGCAGCGGCGGCUUUGACCCUUUUGCCGGACAAGCAUCUUCAUCAUCUGAUCCAUUUGGCAUGGAAUUUGGUGGAAGUACACUCACCUCUGCAACACCCGCUCUGGCAUCACAAAGUCUACAAGGCCUGGACGCCUUUGGCGCUGUGCCUGCCCUCUCGAAUACGCAGAAUGUUGCGAUGGAUUUUGGCGGCAACAGCAGCGAUCCAUUCAUGUCGAUCUCAAGUAGCUCUUCAAACCAGGUUGCAGCCCCCACCACUGCGUUUUCAGAUCCUUUCCUUGAGGCAUUUGGUGAUGCUCCAGCUACUCAAACGACCGCGUCUGCCGCUCCCACCUUGUCCAGCAUUGCUUCUUCCUCCUUCGAUCCCAAUCCUGCUCCUGCUGUUACAGCUCAGUCUUCGAGACCGCCAGCCAAGUCUCUUCCUGUGGCUCCAGCUCAAGUUGGCGACCAUAUCAACGCUGCUUCUGAUCCUUUUGCUCCUCAACCACUGAAGCAAAAUAAGGCUGCUGCUUUUGCUGUCCAAGAUUUGUUUGCAGAUCCAGCUCCUGCAGCAGCAGCACCCACGUCUACAGCUCCUGCUGCAGCGAUUCCGAAUGUGUCUAUGGACGCAAAGACUGCAACGGAAUCAUCAGUACCAAAGCAACGCGCUCCUGUUCCUCCUGCACAGAAACCUGUACAGAUCGAUUUGUUCUCUGCUCUCGAAUCGGAAACAACACCCAAGAAGCCGGUCUCUACUCAGCGAGCUCAAGGGCAUGGAAAGACAACGCAGAGCAAGCCUAUGUCUUCUGACAUGCUUCUGUCGGGUGGAGGAGGGCCUCUUGCGGGGCAGGGCGGUGUUGUCCUUGAGGUCGUGAAGGGGAAUAUGCGCGGAAGCGCAAUGUGGAGGAGAUUGGAGAAGUUGAAGAGCAUUCCUCCCUCUGCAGGAUUGAACAUUCUCAAGCACGGAAACGAUGCACCCGGUCUGGAAGCACAAGCACGUGAAAAUCCGACACAAAAUAUCAAGACAGGGUCCGGGAAGGAACCAGAUGCAGGUGCGGAGCGGGUGACGAAGGCAAUCCGAGCAGCCGACGAAAGGAUCUUCGAGCCCUUAUUUGCUUGCCGAUCGCUCCAAGACAAGCGAGUGGCUCUUGACGCUGCGAUUCGUCUGACCAACAGGGAGAUCAUUUUGCACAUCGUUCUUUGGGUGAGAGAAACAUUGAAGCACGAUCUUUUCAUGGAAGAACUUUCUCUCCGACCUAAGGCCGUGCUUGUAUACGCCAAUUAUUUGCGUGACGCCAAGAGGUGGGAGCAGCUGGAGACCUUUUGGCUCGCUAUCAGGAACAUCGAGGUUACGCGCUACCGUGAUCGCCCGCAGCUUCACAGGAACGAGGCUUCGACGGAGCUUGCGCUAUGCAUGGUGGUCGAUUUUGCCUCCACUAUCCCCAAAGGCAGCAUCUUGAGCGGCGGGUCGCAUGAGACGGAAGUUGAGAUGAUCAGUCAGUAUUGCGUUGAAUGGCAAGAACUCAUUCGCCGACAAGAGACCAACCUGUCGAACCUCACGGAGGUCGUUCAGAUUCCUAUUUGGAUCAAGUUUCCUCGCAAGCCUGUCAUUGGCAUUCCUGUCCUUGAGCUAUUGCAGUACCUUGCACUGUAUCACCCUAACGACAGGGAAGAGAAUGUUACAUCACCGAAGGGACUCAAGAAGGGCAUCAACGUCUCCGAGAAGAUGUUUUGGUUUGCAGCCUUCACUUCGCUUGCGAGAGCCGGCAUCUGGGAUGUUGUUCGCAAGGCAACAGAGUCCAAGUCGAUGUUUUCGGGAAAGACGUCAGAAAAGUCGCCCAUCGGGUGGAGGCCUCUCUUCAACCUCGCCUACGAGUAUGGAGAUCCCUCGAAGGAUGCUGACAUAAGAAAGCUUGCAAUCUACUUCGCUGCACACAUGGAGGAUAGAGAUGAAGCAUACACUUUAUGCGUCCAGAAAGGAUUGUGGGAGGGCGCCAUCCAGGCAUGUGUGGACAUGAGGGACGAGGACAAGUUGAUUGAGCUCCGCGUUGCCAUCACAGAGAGCGGUGGCGAGGUCAGGAGCUUCAUUCAGAUGAUCGAUGAAGUCUAUGCCGACAAGAGGAUCAAGUGGAAGACUGACCUCACGGGGGUCACGCCGACGCUCAUGGGAUCAAAACGCCUCGCGUCAGUUGGAGGCAUCUUCAAGUCUGCCUUCUCCAAGGCUCCCCAUCACCCUCCUGGUCACCAGCAGUGUUACCGAAGUCCAUUCCAAGACCAAGGAGGCGUCGGCUCCAUCUACUCCCGUGAUUGCAGGCGGAGCUGGAGGCCUGGUGGAGGAUGA